AUGGGUCUUUUUAAAUUUAAAAGAAACCUGAAUACCAAGGACAUCAUCGAAACCAAUGAUGUCCAAUCAAAAAGAGCAUCAAAGGAGAGUUCCAGAGACAGUUUGGAGAAAUUAAAGGAAUCAAAAAGUGAAGAGGUUGCUGAUUCCGACUUGGAAUCACAAGAGGACCCAACAGGACCAAACCCAUUUAAAGAUCCUUUUCUAGCUGAACAUUAUGCUCGGAUGUACGAGGAAAGUAAGUAUGAAUGCCGUGCAGCUUUCGAUCCCCAUUUCGAGUGGACUCCCGAGGAAGACAAGAAGUUGAUGAGAAAAGUAGACUACAGGGUGAUUUUCAGUGCAUGUAUCAUGUUUGUAUCCUUACAAAUCAACAGAGGUAACUUACAGGAAGCGGUGGCAGACAAUCUUUUGGACGAUAUGAAUUUAGAUACUAAUGAUUAUAACGUCGGAAACACAGUGUUUUUGGUAUCGUUCCUAUUAGCAGAAGUUCCUUCCCAAAUUAUUUCAAAAAGACUUGGACCUGAUAUUUUUAUACCAAUUCAAAUCUGUGUUUGGUCGAUUGUUUCAAUGUGCCAGGGAGCCAUGAACGAUAUGACUGGUUUCUUGAUCUGCAGAGCUUUGAUUGGAGCCUUCCAAGGAGGUUUCAUUGCAGAUAUGGUCUUAUGGCUCACUUACUUUUACAAAUCUGGCGAGUUGCCUCUUCGUUUGUCAUACUUUUGGGCUGCCACAGCAAUCACAAAAAUUGCAACAUCGUUGUUGGCUUUUGUUAUUUUGAGAAUGAGAGACAUUGGGGGAUUGACGGGAUGGCAAUGGCUCUUCAUUAUUGAAGGCGGUAUUAGUUUACUUAUUGGAAUCUGGUCCUUUUAUCUCAUGGUUCCUUCUGCUGUACAGACAAGAAAUAAGUUGCAUCCAAAAGGAUGGUUCACAGAGAGGGAGGAAAAGAUUGUGGUCAACAGAAUCCUCAGAGACGAUCCAUCAAAAGGUGGAAUGCACAACAGACAAGCACUUAGUUUCAAAAUGAUCAUGGACGCCUUUUGGGAUUAUAACUUAUGGCCUAUUUAUGCGAUCGGAAUGCUUGCCUUCAUUCCUAUAAACACGGUCCUGCCUUACAUGGUAUUGGCUAUGAGAAAUCUCGGCUUUAGCACCUUCGACGUCAACUUAUUGACGAUUCCACUGCAUAUCCUUCAGAUUGUUGGCCUAUUCUUUGUCACUUGGUUUUCUGAACGAGUGAACGAAAGAGCUCUUGUCUGCCUUUCACUACCUAUAUUCAGCAUCCCAUUCUUGGCUGCGAUGAGAUGGUGGAGUGGUACCAUGGUUGAUGCUUGGGUGACAUGGUUUUUAGUGACCAUGGUUCUAUCAGCUCCAUACGUACACGCCAUAUGCGUCUCAUGGGUUUCCAGGAACUCUAAUUCGAUCAAAUCCAGGUCUGUUUGUUCAGCUCUUUACAAUAUGUUGGUUCAGGCCGGAAGAAUUGCAGCAUUUAACAUUUACAGAGAAGAUGAUUUGCCGCUUUAUAAGAGAGGUAACAUGCAGCUUACCUUCAUUAUGGUUGGUUUGAUACCAAUAAUCUUGCUAACUAAGGUUUACUACGUUUGGAAGAAUAAACAGAGGGAUACCGUUUGGAAUGUCAUGUCGACUGAAGAGCAGCAGAAGUACAUAACAGAAACUAAGGAUAGUGGAAAUAAGCGGUUAGAUUUCAGAUUUGACCACUAA